CUACUUUCUCUUUACGCGUCGCUGAUGGGGAUUUAUUUUCAUUCUGUACGAUUCAUAGCAAAUGUUGAGAAAGGGACACUUUUUAUUUAGGAGUAAAGUAGAAAAAAUCAUGGAACAGGCGAAAAGCAACAAAACUGUAAGAAAAUAUUGGUCAGUUCAAACGGGACGUGAACAAUAUGUUGCUGGAAUGCUGCUUAGUUCUGUUGGAGACGCCCUCGGUUACAAGAACGGAAAAUGGGAAUUUUGCCAGUCAGGGGAAAGAAUUCACCAAGAACUAAAAGAGCUCGGAGGUGUUAAGAACAUACAUGUAUGUUUACCUGAAUGGAUUGUUAGUGACGACACGGUGAUGCAUCUAGCUACCGCCGACGCACUUAUUAGAAACAAAAACUGUCUGACUAAAGGUAAUCUUUAUUCCCUUCUUGCGGAGGAAUACAAAAUAUGCAUGAAUGAUAUGGAAGAUCGGGCACCCGGUGUAACAUGCGAGGAAAUGGUAGAGAAACUAAGACCACUUGAAGAAGGUGGUUAUCGCAUUCCGUUUAAUCCGAAAGGUGGUGGUUGUGGUGCUGCGAUGCGAUCUAUGUGCAUUGGGUUGAGGUAUCCAAGAUUCGCUGACAUCGAGGAUCUGAUAGAAGUUAGUGUAGAGUCCGGGAGAAUGACCCAUCAUCAUCCUACUGGGUAUCUGGGAUCACUUGCAUCUGCUCUUUUUACUUCAUACGCAGUUCGGAAGAAGCCUGUUCGCGAGUGGGGUGCUGGGCUGUUGGAGUGUCUUGAGCUUGCUAAGACUUACGUUAUGUCAUGUAAAGGCAUAUAUGUUGACGAAAAUAUAAAAAGCUGGGGCUACUUUGAAAAUAAAUGGAAAGGCUACUUGAGACUUAGAAACAUUCUAGACGGGAAAAACGAGCCCAGCUUUCCAGCAGACUUCGAUAAAGUGAUGAAACGUGAUCAGUUUUACACCAUGAUGAGUUACGACAACUGGGGAGGUGCGAGUGGCCAUGACGCCCCAAUGAUUGCGUAUGACGCCAUACUUGCAUGCAGUGGGGACUGGAGUGAGCUGUGUGAUCGAGCAAUGUUCCAUGGAGGUGACAGUGACAGUACUGGUGCAAUCGCGGGUUGCCUUUUCGGAGUGUUGUAUGGUCUUGAUAAUGUUCCAAAGUGUAACUACAAGCACGUCGAGUAUCGGGAGAGAAUAGAAAAAGUGGCAGAUGAACUUUAUGAUCUUGCAAUGACAAAGUGAUAUGUUUACAAAAGAACAGUCAACUUGAUCAAUUGAGUUUUAUGACAUAUCAAAUGCUUAAAAAGUGUACCUUUUGCUUUUUUUUUGGAAAAUCAUCAUUCAUCUUACUGUAUUCAUAAUAUUUAUUGUUUAAAAUAAUAAGAACCUGCAGCGUACAUCAAUUACGUGUUAAUAUCAGUGUAUUCUUCAGUAUACUUUAGAAUAUAAGUAUUAAAAGUAGUCAAAACUACAAAAGCCUUUUUAAACAAGUCACUUUAUUUUUCACUAAGGUUUCGGCUACAUUAGCCUUCGUCAGGGUUCAAAAUAAACAUGACAAAGGAAGUGACGUAAACAAAGAUAAAAUCACAUAAAAUUAAAACAUUUAAAACGACUUGUAGGCCUAUAGUAUUCGGUCUGCCAGACAUCACGAUUUAUUUCUAAGCUAUAAGAGAGACCUUAUGAAAUAUUUGAGUUUUGAUUAGAGUAACACAUAUAUUUUACCGGUAUGACUGGCCAAAUAUUUUUAAGUAUUGAACAAUACAAUUAGGAGCCUACUAAUAAGCUUUGAUAAUGUGGCAGUUGAGUCCAAUAAGUCCAGGGGUGUUCAAAGAUAAUCCGUCACAGAUCUAUUGUAAAGCAAUCGUUGGAUUUACCUGUAUUGGAAAAUAAACGGUGUCAAUUGUAUUGGGGUCAACUGCCACAUUAUCAAAGUUUAUUAGUACACAAUACAUUGUAUACAUAAUGAAAGUGUCUUUCAUUGUAUUUUGCUCACUGUGAGUUCGUGUGAACUCAACUUUCUACGUGUGUGUACAAUCAGAUAUUGAAUAAAAUAAUAGAACGUUAAUUGGCUUAUCAAUGUUGAUAAUGAUAAAACUACUUUAACAAGACUAGGACCGUUAACUAAUGUUAUAAAAUACCCGAUUUUAUACAAAGGCUAUUUGAACUUUUAUUACGAUUCAGCAUUCGUCAAUGUACUAGAACAUUGGCUAUUUCUGGCCGUUUGGGAUCACGGAGACCAUACUAUCUGCUACAGGAGGCCAGAGGUUUCACUUUCUAUUACUUCCCAAAUAAACAAAGUCU